AUGUCGCAGUACGACUCUUCCACAUCCUCAACGUGGGGUGCUGGGGGUGGAGGGCGGCGAAAGAGGGUCUUUGAGUACCUGAAGGCAGCCAACGAGCUCCGGCAGACGUACACGACGCAGUGGGCAGCGCAGAGGAACGCCCCACGAGAUUAUAAUGAUGAUUAUACUGUCCCAGGGGCUUUUCCUGAUGUUGCGAUUGCGCGGUCUGGAGAUGAGGAAAUGGUGUUGUUUCCGAGCUAUGCGAGACGGCUUGUCAAACGAAAACGGCCUGAGCGUGCGGUGCGUCAGCGUCGUGAUUCGGUUUCGACCAUUGAUGAAUACCGUGGGUACUCGGAGGAUCUGGAGCCGGGGCCGGCGGAAUGGCUGGAGUAUGAAGACAAUCAUGCAGUUGUGGAUGUCGAUGUGCGCGGCUGGGUGUAUUCCCCUCACCGCGGGCCCAUGACUCGGAAGCAUCGAGUUUUGGUUGCGCUCGCUAGGAAGCUCAGCGGGAUACCUGCUCCUACUGUCACGACCAAUGACAACGGAGAUUCCAACGCAGAUAUCGGACCUUCCAGGAAACCAGAUGGGAGCAUUGAUGAAGAUAACCUGGAGAGAGAGGCGCAGUCAAUUAUCAACAGUGCUGGAAGAACUACUGACCCAGAAGAAUGCAGCUCGGAUAUCUCUCCUGGAAAGCCAUUGUCAAGGUCAACGACGGCAUCAGAGUCUUCGCAGUUGAGCAAAGACGAAUUGACAGUAGCCAACGCGCACCUUAUGGAGAGGCUGCGACCGUUCCUCACAAACCCAAUGGCUGAUAUGCCUGUGACUGUCUUCUUCUAUGACAGCAAGGAGAGCCAAUCGAGAAACAUUAUGACUGACGAAUCGGGCCACUUCAACCUGCGAGCGACGUUACCAUUUGUACCCACUCAUAUCCGUGUUCUGGCCUCGGAAGAGUUAUCUGCGACAAAGGAAAUUCAGAUCAUCGAGCCGGCUGGUGUCAGCUUGAUCAGCGACAUUGAUGACACCGUGAAACACUCUGCAAUUACAAGCGGAGCCAAAGAGAUGUUCCGGAACACCUUUGUGCGCGAGUUGGCCGAGCUCAGCGUCGACGGAGUCACUGAGUGGUAUAACGAGCUAGCGAAGAUGGGUGUCCAGAUUCAUUACGUAUCGAAUGCACCGUGGCAGCUUUAUCCGCUGCUAGAGCGGUACUUUAAACUGGUUGGACUACCUCCCGGAUCGUUUCACUUGAAGCAGUACAGUGGUAUGCUGCAGGGACUCUUUGAGCCGACCGCUGAGAGGAAGAGAGGCUCUCUCGAACAAAUCCUGCGGGACUUUCCUGAGCGCAAAUUCAUUCUGGUUGGUGAUAGCGGCGAGGCCGAUCUGGAGGUCUACACUGAUAUCGUUCUGGCAAAUCCGGGUCGAAUUUUGGGAAUUUUUAUACGCGAUGUUACUACCUUGGAUCAUAAAAAGUUUUUCGAGAAAUCCGUCGACCACCUGGAAGGCCCCCCUUCUCGCACCCACAGUUCACCUCAAUUGAUUGAUGACAUGGAUGCGGUAGCAAAUCGGCCUGCAUUACCCCCUCGCCGUCCCCGUGACUCCCCCAGUCUAUCCUCUGAUGCAAUCAGUGUCGACAAUGCCGACCUGAUUGAUCUACGAGAUGAUGUGGAUGAGAAGGAUGUACUUGCUGGUAUGCCUACGUUCAAAGAUGUACGUACGCCUCCGGCAAAGCCGUCGAAGCCGUCCUCGCUUCGCGCAGUCGCCAACAACAGCGAGCCAAGAGAUAACGGAAGCACGUCUUUGCCCCAAGAUGCUGUCCGCCGGAAACCUGUGCCUCCACUACCGCCUCGCCGUCAGUCUACAGCAGAGCGCGAGCGUAUAUCCGCUGCCUCGAAUGCCCCAGCGCAGAGUGCAGGGUACACUGGCGCUCUGAAGAAUGCCAUUCAAUCUGUUACAAAUUCCAUCCCGACUACGGCGAAUCAGCUUCCAUUCCGGCCCAAACCUUUCGAUCAGAACCUGACGGACCAGGAAGCCGAAGCGAUGAAGUCUACGCAAUCCAAGAAAGCUCCUCCACCACCUCCGCCUCGUCGGACCAACACGGCCUCCUCAAUUGCACCCCCUGAAGUCUCCAAUAAUCGGCCACCGCCACCAUCGCAGAAGACACAGUCAUACCCCACCUCCGCCGCGGCUGCAGCAUUACAAUACGCAUCCGAGCGUCUCAAUUGGUCUUCCUCUCCAGCAAGUCCUCUACGACCGAAGGCUUCGAAUCCAGUCCUGAACAGAUCGAGCACGAACCUCCCGGGUCGCGAUCCACGGUCGGACUCGCCAUACGUUCCUCCGCCACCUUUGCCAAACAAGAGAGAAGAACUGUGGCGACGACGCUGGGAGCGGGCCAACGAGCUCCUGGCUGAGCAGGGGGUAGUCCUGGGAAGCUGGCGUGUAGGCAAGGACAUGCAGGACGUCAGUUUCUGGCUGGUAGAGAAAGCGAUGAAGGAGUCACAAAAUGGCCCAGCUGAACCUCCUCAACCGAGAACAUAA